CCAAUUGUCAUUUCAGAACUGAGUAUUCAUGAAGGAAAUAGGAAUCGUAUUAUUUUGUGGAAUGUGCAACUAACAACUGUUUUACAGUAAAUUUGCCCCAAGGAUUAUGCGAUUGUAAAACAUAAUAAAGAACAAUAUUUUUGUAUUUCCAGUUCAGAGUUUAUAUCAUCCAAUAAGAUUACCUAGAAGCACCAAAUAAUCUUAAUAUUUAAUUGUUGCCCGAAAUUGGUUUGCUGUUCAUUUUCAAAGGACCGUCAUCAGGUUAUUAUGUUACUCAACAAAAGCAGGUUGGGAUUCACGAAUCGACCUCAGUCGUGCAAUAUGGAUACUCAUUCAACAUCUGAUAUCGUUAUUAUAAGCGGGAAUUCACAUCCGGAGCUGGCUGAACAGAUUGCUAAUCGUCUCGGCGUACGUAAGGGAGGAUGCUCAGUUUUCCACAAGACUAACAGGGAAACAAUAGUAGAAAUUGCUGAUUCUAUUCGUGGGAAAAAUAUUUAUAUCGUUCAAACUGGUACAAAGGAUGUGAAUAACAACAUUAUGGAACUAUUGAUAAUGGCUUACGCAUGUAAGACUUCAUCGGCUCGUUCCAUUGUAGGGGUCAUUCCAUACCUUCCAUACAGCAAGCAAUGUAAAAUGAGGAAACGUGGUUGCAUUGUCACAAAACUCUUAGCAAAAAUGAUGUGUAAAUCUGGUCUGACACAUAUUAUUACUAUGGACUUACACCAAAAGGAAAUUCAGGGGUUCUUUGAUUGCCCAGUUGACAAUUUGCGUGCAUCACCUUUUUUGCUACAGUAUAUUCAGGAAAGUAUUCCAGAUUAUCGUAACUCGGUUAUUGUGGCACGGAACCCUGGGUCGGCAAAGAAAGCAACUUCAUACUCAGAAAGAUUGAGGCUUGCCAUUGCUGUCAUACAUGGAGAACAGAAAGAAGCAGACAGUGAUGAAGUAGAUGGAAGAUAUUCACCACCAUGCUUGCCCAGAUCUCGUACCAUGGAUGUGCCAGUAGGAGUACCUGUACACCCAGCUAAAGAGAAGCCACCAAUAAAUGUUGUAGGGGAUGUUGGUGGCAGGAUUGCCAUCAUGGUUGAUGACAUGAUAGAUGAUGUGCAAUCAUUUGUCGCAGCCGCAGAGGUCUUGAAGGAAUGUGGUGCUUACAAAAUAUAUGUCUUGGCAACCCACGGCUUGCUUUCAUCUGAUGCACCUCGCUUAAUUGAAGAUUCACCCAUCGAUGAAGUGGUUGUUACCAAUACAGUUCCACAUGAGUUACAGAAGAUGCAAUGUAAGAAAAUUAAAACUAUAGACAUAUCUGUACUGCUUAGUGAAGCAAUAAGACGCAUUCACAACAAAGAAUCUAUGUCAUAUCUAUUCAAAAAUGUUACAUUAGAAGAUUAAGGAAGGAUAAGGGUUGUGGAGAAAAAAAAAAUUUAAAUGGAAUAUUUCACUUCAAACUUUAAUCACACAGAUCAGAUCAAUACAAUAGAAUUUUCAUGGGUUGUUACUCUCAGUAGUAGUUUACUUUUUUACAGUUCCUUGUAAAUAUCAACCUAUAAUAAAGACCAAAAUUAAUUAAACUUAUGAUUUAUACAAACAGGAGAAAACAUCCUUAUUACUUACUAUUAAUACAAAGGCUUGCUGUAUUUUGGUGAAAAAUAUUAUCAAUAAAUUAACUAAGGAGGCUUUAGUAUAUUCAGUUUUUACUACAGCGUUUUUGUCUUAAAGUGCUCUUUCUUUUCAAAAAGUAAUCAUUGUCUUCUACAAGUCAUAAAUUGACAUCAUAUCAAUACAUAUUUGUAUUGAAUUUUUAGUUCCACCCUACAAAAAAUACAGCAUUCUAUUGUGUGGAAAAUUAAUUUAGGAAUUAAUCAUUUUGAAUCUGUGUCUGUGGGUGUUUUAAUGUCUUUAAAGCAGCAAUUUAUGUGGGAAAUGUAUUAUAGUAUAUAAGUAUAUUUUUAUAGUAUUUGAUAGAUUAAGACACCAAUUUAUUCAUGUUUGCUAUGUUCUAUGUUUAAAUAUUAAUGAAAAAUAUUAUAAUUGUUACAAAUUAGUGUACUGCAUAAUAAAAUGUUGUCAUGUCAGUGUACAUUGUUGUAAUUGAGACCAUUUUCUGUGCGUGAAAAUUUAUGUAAAAUAAUUGACAAGAAAUUAUAUUGCAGUGACUCGAGUAAGUCUAAUUAAUCUUAAACCUGUUAAUUAACAAUUUUUCCAAAGCUUUUAUUAUUGCAUAGGUACCUUUUAUCCAUAAUAAAGUGUUAGUUUAAAUAUAAGUGAAUUGAUUAGUUAGUGCCACAAAAUGUAUAUUGUUUUGUUAUUAUUGUAUUCUUU